UUGUUUACAUUGAUCAAAUGCGGGACAUUUGGAGCAUAUAAAUGGGGACCCAUGUCCUAAAUUCUUUUCCUCUACACUCACUUUACUAAUAUCUUUUCAUUCUCUUGGAACCGACUGACUGUAUUGCAAUUUGUAUAUCAGUUACAAUCCUUACCACGAAACUUAUUAACUUAGAACUCAAUUAUUGAAACAAACCUUUUGAAUCAACAUGGCAAGAGAAGAAAUCGACGGCACUCGUACUGACAUUGUCACCCUUUCUAGCUUUAUCCUUCAAGAACAAAGACGAUACAACAACAAAUACCAUGAUCAGGGUAGUAGUAUCAUUCGAGAAGCUAAGGGUGAGUUGUCUCUCUUACUCAACAGUCUUCAAUUUGCUUUUAAAUUCAUCGCAAACAACAUCCGUAAGGCAGAAUUGGUGAAUUUGAUUGGUCUCUCUGGUGUUAUCAAUUCAACGGGUGAUGAACAAAAGCAAUUAGACAGUAUCUGCAAUGAUAUCUUUAUUCAGGCUAUGAAGACAAAUGGCUGCAUUCGAGUCAUCGUUAGUGAAGAGGAAGAGAAGGAAAUCUUAGUUGACAGCAGUGGUUCUUAUGCCAUCACUUGUGAUCCCAUCGACGGUUCUUCCAACAUCGAUGCUGGUGUCAGUGUUGGUACCAUCUUUGGUAUCUACAAAAUUCGUCCUGGCAGCCAGGGAUCCCUUCAAGAUGUCUUGCGCUCAGGAAACGAAAUGGUGGCUGCUGGUUAUACCAUGUAUGGUGCAUCUGCUCAUCUCUUGUUGACUACAGGACAUAAGGUCAACGGUUUCACUUUGGAUACCAACCUUGGUGAAUUCAUCCUUACUCAUCGAAACUUGACCAUGCCUCAUUUCAAAAACAUCUACUCUAUCAACGAAGGUAACACUUUGUACUGGCCUCCUAAGAUUGCAGACUUUAUUCACUCCUUAAAGGUUGCUCCAGAAGGCGGCAAACCUUACGCUGCUAGAUAUAUUGGAUCUAUGGUUGCCGAUGUUCAUCGUACUAUGCUUUACGGAGGUCUAUUUUGCUACCCUUGCACUCGCGGUAAAGGUAAGCUUCGUUUGUUGUAUGAAUGUUUCCCAAUGGCUUUCCUUUGCGAACAGGCUAACGGAUUGGCCGUCAAUGAUAAGGGUGAAAGAAUUCUUGAUUUAACUCCUCAACAUAUUCACGAGCAAAGCUCUAUUUGGCUUGGCAGUAAAGGUGAAAUCGAGAAAUAUGUGAAUUACAUAAACAAACACUAAGUGUUAUAGAGAAGUCCCGCUCUUUCCUUCGUGGUACCCUACAAACCUUCUUUUUUAUUUACGAUUCACUUCGUAUAUGUUGUUUAACAACUUUAUGAUAUUUAUGAGAAAAAGGCUUUUUGUGAGCCUCCCUUCUUCUUUGAAGUAUUCCUCUUAAUUUUUAUGAAAAUAAAAAAGUCCCUUUUUUGUUCUUGAUUAAA